GUUUAUAACUUGUACCUUUUUUGCAGAGUAAAUCAAUAAAACGAACACAAAGACUUAAUUUGAGAGCUAUUCAACUCUUCACCUUCAUCUCUAAUUUACUACCAUCUUUUUUUUUUCUUUUUCUUUCCCUGUAUUUGGGCUAAUUUCUCCUGUUUCAACUCCCAAUUUGGAAAAAAGGGUACUUUUUUCUCAAUCCAAGUGGCAAAUUAUGUUUCUGAUUUUCCAUUAUUGCCUUAAUUUACCUAGAUUAUUAUGAAUUGAUAAAGUAUUUCUGAAAUGAAGGAAAUGAAAGGGGGAAUUUUUCUACAUCAUAAAGUCAAGUCUUUGCAGUUGGCAAGUCAACAGUCUAUUGUUAUGCAUAUUAAACAAAUGUUUUCUGUUCAUAUUUGUUCACACCUCAUGAAAUUUGCUAUUUCUUGUUGUAAUUUGUUGUUAUAUUUGAUGGGUAUUUCAGUUUGGUCAUUGGUGUCAAGUUUAUAGCAAAUCCGAGGUGAGUUUAGCAUUUUUUUUCUUACAUGUUUUCUGGGUUUGUCAAGUCUUGCAAUUUUGUAUCUUUUGAUCAAUUAACAUUGAAUUUCAGUUUAUUUUCUUUAAAUAAUGGUUUUUUAUGACUUGGGUAAAUUGGUAUAAUUGUGUUGUUUGAUGUGUUAAAGAACCAAUUCAAGUGCUCAACCAAAAGCUUAAUUGAUGAUACAUAUUAAUAUGUAAUAUACUCUAUCACGUUCCAUCGUAUGAUAGCCCCGUAGGUUAGAAGUUAGGCUAGAAGGGUGUAUGGCUCUUAACAUUCCACUUUAAAUAAGGGUGGGUAAGAUUCAAACUCAUGUCCUAGUAUCGUCUUAAGGAAUCAACUUAACCGAAAGGUUUAGUAUUAUUCAGCAUAUAGUUGUAGCCCCAUAAUAUAUUAUAUAAUAUAUUAUAUACUCUAUCACGAUGUUUAUUGUUCUUUAAUUUUGCUUGAAAGUGAAUAAUGAUGUUUUGUUGCUUUUGAUCUUCCCUUGUGUUUUGAAAGGGAAUAUAUAAGAAUGAAGAUCAAGAUCAAGAUGAUGACUAGGUGUUCUAUUCAAAUUCUUGCAGUUUUUUUUUGAGGAGAUUAUGAAACUCGGGGUUUUCGGGUGAUGUUGUUAGGUCUGAUUUGUAGUAUUACACAACAAUCUCAAGUUAUGGGGUUGAAUCAUAGAUUCUUGACUCAUUUUACUGGAAUUUAUGUAGCUAUUCUAGUAUUAUUACUAAUGGGUGGUUUGAUCAAUGGGGAUGAGGAUGAUGUAUCAUGCUUGAGGUCCAUAAAAGAAUCUUUGCAAGAUCCUAAUAAAAUCUUAAACUCAACCUGGAAUUUUGGUAAUACUACACAAGGGUUCAUUUGUUCAUUCACUGGGAUAGAUUGUUGGGCUCCAAAUGAGUAUAGGGUGUUAAACAUUCGACUAUCGGGAAUGGGAUUGAAGGGCAGCUUCCCUCUUGGGAUUUCUGAUUGCAAAUCUUUGCAGCUUUUAGACCUGUCUUCUAAUGAUCUUGAUGGAGUGAUUCCUUUGAAUAUCUCUUCCAUUAUACCGUAUGUAACUUCACUUGAUCUUUCCUCGAAUAGGUUCUCGGGUGAGCUACCUGUGAACCUUUCCAAGUGUAGCUAUCUCAAUAUCCUCCAACUUGAUCAUAACAGAUUCUCAGGACCAAUUCCACCCCAACUUGUCCAACUUUCCCGCCUCAAAAGAUUGUCUGUUGCCAAUAAUCUCUUAACUGGCCCAAUACCAAACUUCAAUUCUACUGUUGAUGUUGAUUUUUCGAAUAAUCGAGGGCUCUGUGGGUCUUCUCUGAAAUCAUGUGCAGCAUCAGGAAAGUCUAAGACUACGGUAAUUACUGCUGGUGCGGUAGCUGGGGUGACUGUUUUUCUCAUUGCAGUUGUCUUAGCUAUGUUUUUCUUGUCUCGAAGAGUGUCACUUAAGAAGAAAGAUGAAGAUCCGGAAGGAAACGAUUGGGCAAAGAGUAUUAAAGGGACCAAGAAAAUCAAGGUAUCCAUGUUUGCGGAUUCUAUUGCAAAAAUGCGUUUGAGUGAUCUCAUGAAGGCCACGGAUAACUUCAGUAAGCAAAAUAUUAUCAAUGAAGGAAGUAUGGGAACUGUAUACAAGGCGAAACUUGAAGAUGGUAGUCUGUACAUGGUAAAGAGGUUGCAGGACAGUCAACGUUCUGAGGAAGAAUUUUUGUCAGAAAUGGCUAUUCUUGGACGUGUUCGCCAUUCGGAUCUUGCUCCCCUCCUAGGUUACUGUAUUGCUGGGAAGGAAAAGCUGUUGGUUUACGAGUACAUGCCCAACGGUACACUUCAUGAUCAAUUGCAUAAGAGGGAUGAUUGUUGCUUACUUGAUUGGCCGACACGGCUCAGAAUAGCUAUAGGUUCAGCUAGAGGCUUAGCGUGGUUUCACCAUAAUUGCAAUCCUCGCAUCCUUCACAGGAAGAUAAGUUCCAAGUGCAUCUUACUAAGUACCAAUUUUGAGCCAAAAAUUUCCGACUUUGGCCUUGCGAGGCUCAUGAACCCCGUUGAUACACACUUGAGCACCUUCGUGAUUGAAGAGUUUGGAGAUUUGGGUUAUGUGGCACCAGAAUACUCACGAACUUUGGUAGCUACUCCAAAGGGGGAUGUUUACAGCUUCGGGGUUGUCCUCCUCGAGUUAGUUACCGGAGAAAGGCCAACUCACGUGACUAAAGCCCCUGAAAGCUUUAAGGGUAACUUGGUGGAUUGGAUUACUGAGCUCUCACGAAGCUCGAAUUUAAAGCAUGCAAUCGACAAAUCAUUGCUAGCGAAGGGUGUUGACCACGAACUCGUGCAAUUCCUUAAAGUAGCCUAUAAUUGCAUAUCCUCAAAUCCUAAGGAGAGACCUUCAAUGUUUGAAGUUUACCAACUUCUAAGAGCUAUUGGGGAGAGAUAUCACUUCUCCGUUGAUGCUGAUAUUAUGUUGCCAACUGAUGGUGGUGAUGCUGAUGACGUACGGGAGCUCAUGGUCGCGCAAGAUGAAACGCGAUCUGACAAGUGAAAGAUUCAAUUACAAGGUAUCAUUUCCAACACGACCUAAACGUAAAUAUUAUUGUGCUGUUUCAUCAUUAUAUAUGCUUGUGUACAUGAAUUUUUAUGUUUUGGAAUUUUUAUUAUGUAGAUAUAUAAGCUAUAAGAUUUUUAUUUGGUUCGAGUUUUUGUGAAAAUCAUUUGAACACAUGCAAACAUAGCUGAUAGCUGUGGGAUUGGUAAAUCACUGAUAUUCUUCAAGUUUUUAGAUAUAUAAGCCAUUUUUAUA